AUGCGACGGCCAUCUUUCUGGGUCGCUCUUGGAGCGCUAGCCAGUGAGGUACUCUCACGACCAAUGGAGGGCAGGUCGUCCGAUACCGUCAAGGUGCACUGGGUCGGCGAUGCUCCAGAAUAUCAUGCUGGAACGACGUUCGGCCUUCCGUGGCCCCAGGGAAAGUACAGAUCCAACGACACCCAAUUUACUAUUUCUGGUCAAUCAAAUGAGCAAAUUCCGCUACAGUCUUGGGUAACAGGCUACUGGCGCGAUGGCUCAAUCAAAUGGACUGGGCACGCUAUUCCACCGCUUGACACCAUUGACAGCGAAUAUCGCGUCAGCGCCUCGGUGUCGCGCCGACCGGCUUCCAACCAUUCCGACACAUCGUCUGGAUUGAAGGUGACCAACAAUGCCGAUGAGGUCACGGUUAAUACGGGUAAAUUGACGGCAUCUUUCCCAAAACAAGGAAAUAUCGUGGUGGGUUCUAUCACGACAUCGAGUGGUAAGGUAGUUGGGGAAAAUGGAAAGCUUGUGCUCCAUACCCAGUCUGGAGUGGCGGAGGAUGUUUCGGCAAGGGCUAACGCCUCUAUCAACUACUUCAAUUUUCAAAGCAAUGUUGAAAAUGUCACUGUCAGCAAGGAUAACGCUGUUCGCACUUUGGUCACGGUGAAUGGAAAACACCAAACGUCCGGCAGUGGCGAUCACGAUGACUGGCUCCCAUUCGUUCUGCGCUUUUAUUUCUACGCCAACUCUGACUCUAUAAGGGUGGUUCACAGUAUUGUCUUCGACGGAAAAUCAGAGGAGGACUUUAUUACUGGCCUUGGAAUCCAAUUCGAGGUUCCCCUGGAGGGCGAGGAGCUGUAUAACCGCCAUAUCCGACUACCCGGUGUGGAUGGCGGUUAUCUCAAUGAAGCCGUUCAAGGAAUCACUGGCUUGCGUCGUGACCCUGGCGAGGAAGUCCGCUCAGCACAAUAUGAAGGCAAAGUAACCCCCAACAUCAGCACGUGGGAUGAAAGAGUUUCGUCUCGUAUGCAGUGGAUCCCGGUCUGGAACGAUUACAAGCUGAGCCAAUUGUCGCCGGAUGGGUUUACCCUCAAGAAAAGGACCAAGCCGGGCCAGGCGUGGAUCAACAUCCCAGGCGGCACGCGAUCUUCCGGACUUGCUUACCUUGGUGGUGCCACGCAAGGUGGGCUUGCGAUCGGCCUGCGUGAUUUCUGGAAGAGGUAUCCUUCAGGGUUAGAUAUUACCGAUGCGGGUGCCAACAAGGGCCAGAUCACGCUGUGGCUGUAUAGUCCUGAAGCAGCACCCUUGGACCUGAGACCAUUCCAUGAUGGGCUGGGACAAGAUACCUACGAAAAACAAACUGAUGCACUUGAGAUCACCUAUGAGGAUUAUGAGCCAGGAUUCAACACACCUUACGGCAUCGCCAGAACCAGUGAGAUCUUCCUGCACGCGUUUGAUGCCACUCCCGAGAGCGAUAACUUGGCGCUUUUGGGCAGGUAUAUCAAUGAGCCUCCAGUUCUCGUACCCGAGCCCGAGUAUAUCAAGGACACCAAGGCAGCUGGUUCCUACUGGGCUCUGCCAGACACGUCAAAUGAGAAGUCUUCAACGAUCGAAAACCACUUGGAUUUCCUUGCAAAGUUCUAUCAGGGCCAGAUUGAGGACCGCCGUUGGUAUGGUUUCUUGGACUAUGGUGAUAUCAUGCAUACCUACGAUGAGGACAGGCAUACAUGGCGCUAUGACGUUGGCGGUUACGCAUGGGACAACUCCGAGCUAUCUCCAGACUUGUUCUUCUGGCAAUAUUUCCUUCGUACUGGACGAGCAGAUAUUUACCGGUUUGCCGAGGCAUUGACUCGUCACACCGGAGAGGUAGAUGUGUAUCACAUUGGCGACUGGAAAGGUCUCGGGACUCGACAUGGUGUUCAGCACUUUGCUGAUAGCGCCAAGCAAGUUCGUAUCGCUCAGCCUCUGUAUAGGAAAUACUUUUAUUAUUUGUCUGGUGGCGAUGAGCGAGUUGGCGAGCUCUUGGAGGAGGCGAUCGACGCGGAUAAAACAUACGGAAUUCUGGACCCACAGAGGAAGGUGAGGACGGAUGGUUGGACCCCAGAGCCUGGCAAGCCUGUUGCAUUCUCUCUCGGAACAGAUUGGGCUGGCCUCGCUGCUGGUUGGCUGAUUGAAUGGGAGCGACGCGGGCCUCGUUGGCAAGAAGCCAGGAAGAAGCUAACGGGAACGGCCAAAGGAAUCGCCAGUUUCAAGAACGGUUUCGUUACAGGAGAGGGCUUGUACGCUAUCAGCAACGGCACACUGCUGCCACCCCCGACUGAUCCAAACAAUGAGGGCGUUGUGUCUAUCUCCCACUUGAACGCUGUAUUUGGCAUGCCGGAGGUUGUUUCAGAGUUGCUCGAGUAUUGGGGUGAUGAUGCACCAGAAGGCCUAGAGAGUGCCUGGCUUGAUUACUGCUACUACUAUGGCGCAACGAAGGAGGAGCAGAAAGAGCGCUAUGGUAAAUCGUUUAGCGGUAUCAGUCUGAUCCAGGGCCACUCCCGUUUGACGGCGUACUAUGCGAAGCAUAGCAACAACGUGACCGUGGCUGAGCGAGCAUGGAAGGAGUUCUAUAACAAUACUGACGGUUUUACUGCCGAUGAGCCCUGGGUUUCGGAGCCUGUGAAUGGAAGCGCUGUGCUCAUUCCAGUAGAUGAAGCUACAUGGAUAUCGACGAACGCUGUGGCACAGUAUGGGUUGGCUGCUAUUCAGGACUUGGCACUGGUUGGAGACGCCGUGACACAGUCCCCUUAUGGCGUUUAG